GGGGUCCCUCUGCAAAUGCCAUUACUUCGCUUUCAAGACCAAUCAACUUCUUUCCCAGAUUUUAGUUGGAGAGAGACCAACCUUUCCCCCAAACAACAUUAAGUCCAAGUAAUGCUGGUUCAGUAACGGAUUGAUAGAGUAUAGUUGCAGACAUGGGCAAUUGUGCUUCAGUUCGAAAGAAAGCCGGCCCUGCUAUGAAAUUCAGUUGCCCCAUUGAUUCUCGAGGAAACUGUAUCUUUAUUGAAUCACCAGUGAAGGGCAGCAGCAAAGUCUACGGUGAUCACUCCAUGACUGAAAAACUCAAUUCCAAGCCCCAGUCCUUGUCUCCAAAGCCUUGUCAAGCCAGUUUUCAUGACAAGGGUAACCAAGAGGAUAUGUUUUUUGAUUCUCAUCCCUGGAUAGAGUCUGAUUGUGAAGAUUACCUCAGUGUCGAUGGUGAUUUUACUCCAUCACGUUGCACUACUCCUAUUCACCAAGGCAGCUAUAUAGAAACCCCUCCACGUGAAGAAUCUCUCUGUGCUAUCACUUCAGCGAGGUCAAUAGCUGAACCUUCUCCAGCUGACAUGAAGAAGCAACUAAUCGAGCUCUUUCGAGAGAACAUCAGUAGCGAGCUGGCUAAUAACAACCAAAGUUUCCAAGACAAAGUCAAUGGCAAGCCUACAACUGCUUACCUCUCUCCGAAAUGUACAAGUAGAAGUCCAUAUCAGUCUGCAGAAAGCUCUGUCCGCAGCAGUGAAACAACUCCACACAUAGAUUCCAAAUCUGGGAAAGAGAAACCAACUCAUUCUGCACACUGCUGCCUUCCAAAUGUUGUGCGGAGCCUGAGCUUCAGUGAGAGGAAGAGGAGGCUGAGCCAUGCCUAUGGUGGUGGACAGUAAUAAGCUUUUCCCCAGUCAACUUUUUUCUGUUCUUGAAAGCAGAACUGUAUGGGCACACUGCAAGGAAUGGAAACUAGAAUACUUUCUCAACUAUACUUGUCUUUAUUCUGAAGAAAGCAAUUUGUGAACUGGGUUCUAUAUAUUAAUAUAUUCUGCAGGAGCUUGUUGAGCUUUUCCAAAAUCAAGAAAAACGAAAAUGAUUCCUUUCGUUUGCCUGUGCUUGUAUUGUUGUAUGACCUUGAUCCAUAGACUAAGAAAAUAGCUAAUGUUCAAUAA